AUGCGGCUGCGCUGUUUCCAUAGCAGCAGAAAGCAACAGGGAGAGUUCCGCGCGCGGCCCAGCGUGCCUUGUUUCACAACUAAAUUUCAGAGGAAGGCUUAUGGCAUUGUAUGGAAAGCAAUUGAUCGCAGGACAGGAGAAAUAGUUGCUGUUAAAAAGAUUUUUGAUGCUUUCAGGAACAGAACAGAUGCUCAGAGAACAUUUCGAGAGAUUAUGUUCCUGCAGGAAUUUGGAGAACAUCCAAAUAUCAUCAAGCUGCUGGAUGUUAUCCGAGCUCAGAAUGACAAGGACAUCUACCUCGUCUUUGAGUCCAUGGAGACAGAUUUACAUGCUGUUAUUAAGAAGGGGAAUUUGCUGAAAGAUAUCCACAAGUGUUACAUUCUCUACCAACUGCUGAAGGCAACUAAAUUCAUCCACUCAGGAAAUGUUAUUCACAGAGAUCAGAAGCCUUCAAAUAUCUUGCUGGAUGCAGACUGUUUUGUUAAACUUUGUGAUUUUGGGCUGGCCCGUUCUUUAUGUCAGAUGAAUGAGGACCAAGGCAACCCUGCUCUAACGGAAUAUGUGGCAACACGCUGGUACCGAGCCCCCGAGAUCUUACUUUCCUCACGGAGUUACACUAAAGGUGUAGACAUGUGGAGCAUUGGCUGUAUUCUGGGAGAGCUGCUACUUGGGAAACCUCUUUUUCCUGGAACAUCAACAGUGAAUCAAAUAGAGCAGAUCUUGAGGGUCAUUCCUGCCCCAUCCCCAGAAGAUAUUUUGGCUAUGCAAUCAGAUUACAGGGCCUCAGUUAUUAACCGCAUGAGUACCCGGCAGCGAGUAACAUUUGAGGAGAUUUUACCAUCCUCUACUCCAUUGCCUGCCUUGGAUCUUCUGAAGAAACUUUUAGUAUUUAACCCUGAUAAACGACUCACAGCAGAGGAGGCUCUGCAGCAUCCUUAUGUGAAAAGGUUUCACUGUCCUGCGAGGGAGCCCUCUCUGGAUUAUGAUGUGAUUCUUCCUUUAGGUGAUGAUAUCCAGCUGUCUGUGGCAGAAUACCGAAAUAAAUUAUAUGAGAUGAUCCUUGAAAAGAAAUUAAAUAGCCAUGCAAAGGAGCAAGUGUGGAGAGAAAACAUCCAACUAAGUCAGUCUGAAUCCAGGCCGCUUCUUCCAAAUUCCAGUUCUGUGACUUUACCUACCAGGAAAGGCCAGAGAGAACCAACACCGCCUCUUCUAAAAACCUUGCAUGUGCAUGCUGGAACUACAGCUAGUGUCCAGCCCGAAGUAUCCAGCCAGAGUGAAGAUUUAGCAAAAACGUUAUGUCAGAGAUCAAAGAUCAAUGUGAUAUACAAUCCCAUAACACACACUGCUGUUCAAAGUAAUGCAAAUUCUGGUGCUGUGAUCAGGAACUAUUCUGCACCACCUUCUCAACAGCCCAGAAUCUCCAACAAUAGGAAACUGGGGAGACAAAUCACAUGGACAAAUGCUCAGCUACCUCCUACAAGUGUACAGAACCUUUAUAAUAAUCCAAGAAAUACUCAGUUUCACAGCAAAGAUGUUCGUCCCCUUCUGAAGUCCAGUAAAAAGAUGUUCCCGGUUACUGCAAAUAUGGGAGCUGCUGGUGAUCCAAAAGCAUCAAUGGGCAGUUACUCCCAGGCCUAUGGAACCAUAUGUAGAUCUGCACUGCAGAGUCUUCCAAUAUCAAAGUCUUCCCAACAACAUGAGCAGUGA